CGCGUUCGUCUGGCGAGGCGCAUUUCGGCGGGGCAUGCUGCGUGACUCGGCAGCGGAGAAGUCGCGCGCCGACGCUGAUCGACGAGCUGAUCGCCGAGUCGAAGCGACGUCGCGCCGAGAAGGCGCGCGCCAAGGAGCAGACGCUCGAGUUGACAGAGCGUCUCGACGCGACUGGCAGGAGCUGUUGCCUCUAGUCAAUGCUGGACAAAAGGAGAAGGCGGGUGACGAGGAGGAACGACCUGAGAAGCAGAGCUACGACCACCUCAUGCGGCAGUUGCGGUUUGAGUCGCGCGGCAAGCCAACCGACAAACUGAGGAGUGAGGAGGACAUCGCCAGAGAGGAGAAGAUGAAACUGGAGCAGUUGGAAGCUGAGAGAAUUAAACGGAUGCAGCCCAACGAUGCUUCAACUUCCACAUCAACAAAAAUAAAACAUCAGAGUGCUGAUGACCUGGAUGAUGGAUUGGACCUGCAGAGUGAGGCAGAGGAAAUGAGUGAUAAAGAAGAGGAAUCAAGUGAGGCUGGCAAAAUCGCUGAUGAAAGUGAGGAUGAGGAGGAGGAGGAAGAAGAAGAAGAUGAAAAUGAGGAAGAGGAAGAAGACAAUGAUGAAGACGGUGCUAAUGAAGAUGAUGUUGAAAAUAAAGUAGAAGCAGAUGUGAGUGGAAAGGAUGAGAGUAAAGAAGAGGGAGAAGAAGUGGAAGAUGAAGAAGAGGAAGAAGACGAAGAAUAUGAGUAUGAGAAAGUGGACCGAGAUGAACUGGUGGAAGAGGAGGACGAGGAGGAGGAGGAGGGGGAGGAGGAUGUACAACGAACAGUUGAAACAUCCAAAAAUAAAGAACCUUCUGCAGUAACUUCUUCGAAAACUAACACUUCAGAACAAUCUGCUCCGGUUGAAAAUGCUAUUGAACCGCCUCUUACACCGAAAAUGCCAGAAAGCUACGAGGACUUCCAGAUGUUGGUGAACGAUUUCGGAGCGAAGGACCAAGCCGUGAUUGUGGAGAGGUUGAUCAAACUGUAUCACCCGAGUCUAGGAGAUAAUAACCGACAGAAACUGGAGAACUUAUUCACGUUUCUUUUGCAGCACCUCAAUGACGCUGAAUAUCAGGACUGUUGGAAGGUGCUGAGUCAUCUGUCGCCGCACCUUUACGAUUUGACCCAGUUUUCGCCGCAGAAUUCGGCCAACUGUCUGAUGGAGGUGCUCAUUGAAAAGCACACAGACUACCAGCAGCAAAAGUUUCGUUUUCCCGAGACUGAAACGGUGAGUCUAUUCUAG